AUGAACACUGCCGUGUUUCAGCUUGCAAGUCUGAUCUUUCUUCAUCACUUUAGAGCACUGUAUUUCGCACCCCUGCGGUCUGCAUACAAGCAACACUGUAUCACGCGGCUUGUAACGGCGAAUCUUGGUCAACAAAAACACCCUAUUCCUUGGCCUGAGUGGGCCGAAGCUCGUAGCACCCCUCAUACCACUGUACCUGGUUUCAAGACUCUCUCAAGCCCAAAAAGCCUGUACCGCCUAGCCGAUAAUGCAAUGAAUGUAAUCACCGAGAUUCAGAGCUCAGUCUUCCAGCAACACGAGGAACUGCGUGUGGAGGCCUAUAAAGUGAUGCGUAGAAACUGGCGAUCAUAUCGUUGUGCGGUGAUCGCUCCUUUCAUCACGAACCUGUCACCAGAGGAAUCAAUUCUUGUUUUUAAUCACAUACUCAAGGAUCUUACUCCCUAG